CCACGCUGCCACACCUGUGAGUGAACACGGCGACGCUGCCACACCUGUGUGUGAACACGGCGACGCUGCCACACCUGUGAGUGAACACAGCCACGUUGCCACGUCUGUGACUGAACACAGCCACGUUGCCACGUCUGUGACUGAACACAGCCACGUUGCCACGUCUGUGACUGAACACAGCCACGCUGCCACACCUGUGACUGAACACAGCCACGCUGCCACACCUGUGAGUGAACACAGCCACGCUGCCACACCUGUGACUGAACACAGCCACGUUGCCACACCUGUGACUGAACACAGCCACGCUGCCACACCUGUGACUGAACACAGCCACGCUGCCACACCUGUGACUGGACACAGCCACGCUGCCACACCUGUGACUGAACACAGCCACGCUGCCACACCUGUGACUGAACACAGCCACGCUGCCACACCUGUGACUGAACACAGCCACGCUGCCACACCUGUGACUGAACACGGCGACGCUGCCAAUUACCUGUUUCUCUUUCUCUUCAACCAGAAAGUCAUUAUUGCCGUCCCCUUCAGCUAUCCACGCCCUCUACAUUCUAUUCUUGCUGCUAUGGUCCCGAGUGGCUACCAGUAA